AUGACCGGCUUCGGUCACGGUGGCGUGACUCUGAUGAGCGCUAUCGGCACAUGCCACCGUGCACGCGCACGGAAAGUCGCGUCCCAGUCGCGACCAACCUCAUCUCCGUCCAUCACCUCCAAUUCUUCUUCCGUCUUCAUCAUGUCUGAACUUCCGACACUCCUCCUUGCGUCCCUUAAUCCCGCAUCCCGGAAGCAGGCAGAGCAGAACCUUCAGUCCCUGAGCCUUCAGCCUGGCUUCCUUUCUGUUCUCCUUCGUCUCGUCCUCGAGCAGUCGCAAGACCGUGCAGCUCGUCUCGCAGGCAGUGUUUACCUCAAAAAUGUGGUUAAAAACAGAUGGGAUGAUCUCUCUUAG